UUCAUACCACAUUUAUCUCGGACCUUAUCCUUAGCCAGCUAACACACCUAACUGCUUAACUUCAGUGUUUGCGUUAACUAUUGCAGAUAAAGCCGAACUAGCCCACUGUAAUCAGGGCUAUUAGUCAGGUGCAUGGAACUGGGGCAAUAGCUUUUAGUUUUACGAGGAUGGCUGCAGCCUAGUAGACAACUGCCUGUCGGGAUAUGUGCACAUGAAUUUUGGAUUUCGCGCAUCAACACCGACUUUUGCGCGACUGUUUCGCCUUUCUUUUUUAAUGACUGUCGGAGAGAUGGGAAAGGAUUUACUUUCACGGAUGACAGCUGUUUCGUGUGAAGGGUGACGGAUGGAAUAGUGAUGAAGCCUAAUCGGUGGGGAAAUAUGCCUUCUCUACCCAGCUUCUCUCUUCUUUUCCAUUCUAUUUGCUUCUACCUCCUCCUCUGUUUGCCCUCAACCAAUGCCCAAUUCCUGACAGAACCUAGGGCAGGUCAAGGCCUGCUGCUCUUCACCCAGCCUGCCUAUAAUGCUUCCAUCUUCGAGAACUCUGCGGCAAGAACUUAUACCAGAAGUGAGGUAAAAAUGGGCAUCGUUCUUGGGCCACCUCGUUCUUUGAACAUAAAAUAUUCCAUUGUGUCUGGAGACAGUGAAGGAAUCUUCCAGGCUGAGGAGUUUGUAAUGGGAGAUUUUUGUUUUCUUCGUAUACGCACUAAUGGAGGCAGUGGUGCCACAUUAAAUCGGGAAGUACAGGACAAUUACACAUUGACAGUUAAGGCAUCUGCCCAUGGAGGCCUAGAGUCCUUAGCCACCAUUUAUAUCAAGGUUUUGGAUACCAAUGAUCUCCGACCUCUCUUCUCCCCUACCUCCUAUUCGUUUGUUGUUUCUGAGAGUGCCCCUCUGGGUGCCAGUGUAGGACGUGUAACAGCCACAGAUGCUGAUGUGGGCUCCAAUGGGGAGUUCUACUACUUCUUCAAGAACAGAAUUGAACUUUUUGCUGUUCAUCCGACCAGCGGUGUCAUUACCCUAACAGGUCAGCCCAGAAUGGACAAACAAGACCAAUUUGAGCUAGAGGUGCAGGUGGUUGACAGAGGGAUGAAACUCUAUGGGAACAAUGGUAUUAGCAGCACUGCUAGGCUGGUUCUUACUGUGGAGCGGGUUAAUGAAUUUGCUCCUGUUCUCAAUGCAGUUGCUGUCGUUCCAUCAUGGGCAGACAAGGACCCAGUCUAUGCGAUAAUGACUGUGGAGGACAAAGACGAGGGAAUAGCUGGGGAUAUAGAGUGGGUGUCCAUCAUUGAGGGUGACCCCAUUGAACAAUUUGUGAUUGAUCGAUCACCUGUCGGGAAUGAGUAUAGGGUUAAAACAUCAGAAUUGUUCGACUGGGAUACAUUCCCCUAUGGCUGCAACUUAACCUUUCAAGCUAAAGACAGGGGUAUACCUCCUAAGUUUUCUAAUACUCAAGUUGUUCAGUUGUUGGUUAGAAAGCCAGACCCAGUGUUGGCCAAUUUCCAGAAAGAUAUUUAUGUAGUGAAGCUGAGUGAAAUAGCUCCCCCAGGCACUAUUGUAGAGGUGGUGAAAAUCUCCCCAGCUCCUCUGAGUGUCAAUUACAGCUUCAGCAGCCCCUCAGAUCUAAUGUACUUUGAUAUAAAUCCUUUGACUGGAGUUAUUAUGACCACAAGGCAGCUGACAAGGAUAUCACAGGAUUUCAUGGAGAUGGAGGUAGUUGAUAUUAUCAGUCAGCAGCAAGCAAGGGUCCAAAUCAUCAUAGAGGAUGCUAAUGACAACUAUCCAGUGUUCAACAGGCCAUUCUAUGAUAUUGCAAUCAAUGAGAGCUUACCUGUAGGCACUGUGGCUCUUGUAGUGUCCGCUGUGGAUGCUGAUAAAGAUGAGAAUGGGUAUGUAACCCACACAAUAAGUGGCGAACAGUCACUUCCGUUUACAAUAGACCAGGACACAGGGGAGGUGAGGAUCACAAGAGAUCUAGACUUUGAGUCAUCAGAUGAUAUCUAUACUUUUGCAGUGCGGGCCUCCGAUUGGGGUUCACCAUACAGAAGGGAGAGUGAAGUUAAUGUCACUAUUCGUCUGAUAAAUAUCAAUGACAACCAGCCUCUUUUUGAGAUGGUUUCUUGCAGGGGGAUGAUAAGCCGUGAUUUCCCUGUCAGCCAGACUAUUGUCACCUUGUCAGCUGUGGACAUGGAUGAGCUAGGAAUGGUGAGGUACAAGAUACUGUCUGGGAAUGAGUUAGACUAUUUCAAUUUAAAUCCAGACUCUGGGGCUUUGUCAUUAAGAAGAUCGUUAGGAAUGGCUAAUUUAAAAAGUGGGAUAUUCAACCUGAAAAUAGUUGCAACAGAUGGUGAGUUGUUAUCUGAUCCUACAUUUGUGAAUGUAUCUGUGGUGAGGGGUAGGCUGCCACCAAGGGGGUUCAACUGCAAGGAGACCAGGGUAGCCCAGCUGUUGGCUGAAAAAAUGGUAUCAAAAGCAUCUGCUAUGGCUAGACCGAGACAAGUUGAGAGAAAUACAGAUAAUUUCUCUAUAAACAAACAGGCUCCACAGUUUGAGGCCUUACCUACAAGUAUUCUAGUGAGAGAAGACCUUGCUGCUGGUGCCAGUGUAUUUCAGGUGAGAGCACGAGAUGGCGACACAGGCUUCAAUGGCCGUGUAGUCUUCUCCAUAUCUGAUGGUAACAAAGAAAACUGCUUCAACAUCAACAUGGAGAAUGGGUUGAUAACUGUGUUGCAGCCACUUGACAGGGAGCGAUUGGAUCGUUACUUCCUUAAUAUCACCAUCUACGAUCAGGGCUUUCCUCAGUUGUCCAACUGGAGACUACUGACUGUGAUCAUUGAGGACACAAAUGACAAUGACCCCCAGUUUUAUCAGGACAGCUUCUCUGCUCUUGUUGCAGAAAACUCAGCCAUUGGUAUUGAAGUUAUUACCAUGACUGCAUUUGACAGAGACAUGGGUCAAAAUGGACAGCUCUCCUAUAUAAUGCUGACCAGUGUCCCUCAGUUUGGUAUUGACAGCGAAACUGGAAGUGUUUUCGUUUCUAGCCACUUGGACAGAGAAACCAUCCCAAUGUUCACUUUGAAGAUUGAAGUGAGAGACAAGGCUGAAAGAGGCAAUCGAAGGUCGUCAGUGACUACUCUUAUUAUAAUAGUGGAGGAUGUCAAUGAUUGUGCCCCAGCUUUCAUUCCUAGCAGCUAUAGUGUUCGUGUGCUGGAGGACCUCCCACCAGGAGCCGUGAUUACCUGGGUGCAGGCUCAGGACCCAGACAUGGGCCCCGGUGGACAGAUCCGAUACUCCUUAAUUAAUGACUUCAACGGCACUUUUGAGAUCAAUGCUGGAAGCGGAGUGUUGAGGAUUAGGAAGGAGCUGGACUUUGAGAAACAAUCGUUUUUCAACCUGACAUUACUUGCUGAGGACAGAGGAGUACCUAGCCUCAGCAGUAUGACAUUUGUGGAGGUGGAGGUGGUGGAUGUCAAUGAGAAUUUGUAUGCACCUUACUUCCCUGACUUUGUUGUGAGAGGCUCAGUGAAGGAGAACUCUCGUGCAGGCACAAGCGUCCUGACAGUCAGCGCUAAGGACAACGACAAGGGGCGAGAUGGUGUGUUGAGGUACUCUGUCAGAGGAGGCAGCGGACUAGGCACUUUCACCAUUGACGAAGACACAGGGGUGAUUUACACUGCUGGUAUCCUGGAUUGUGAGACCAAAGACUCUUACUGGCUUACAGUCUAUGCCACAGACAAAGGUGUUACACCCCUGUCAGCCUCUAUUGAAGUCUUCAUUCAGGUAGAAGAUGUCAAUGACAAUGCUCCCCUCACCUCGGAUCCUAUCUACCAUCCAGUCGUCAUAGAGAACUCUCCAAAGGAUGUGUCAGUCAUCCGUAUCCAGGCGCAGGACCCUGACCUCACUGCAACUCCCAGUCGUCUGAGUUACCGCAUCACUGCUGGCAACCCGCAGAAUUUCUUCUCCAUCAACACCAAAACAGGGCUGAUCACAACAACUGCAAGGAAACUGGACAGAGAACAACAGGCAGAGCACUUCUUAGAGGUAACAGUUGUAGACGGCCCAGUGACCACCCGCCAGUCUACUGUGUGGGUCAUAGUUCACAUCGAGGAUGAGAACGACAACCCACCCACCUUUCCGGAGGUCACCUACCGCAUCAGCUUGACCGAACGAGACCGCAACAAACGUGGCGAACAGGUUUACCGUGUCUUCGCUUAUGACCGUGACCUUGGAGCCAAUGGAAACAUUUCCUACAGCAUUGUUGAUGGUAAUGAGGAUGAAAAGUUCAGUAUUGACCCCAGGACUGCCAUGGUGUCAUCAAAGAAGAUGGUGACAGCGGGAAGCUAUGAUAUCCUCACUAUAAAAGCGGAGGACAGCGGUGAUCCCCCAUUAUGGUCUACUGUCAAACUCCAUGUAGAGUGGAUUCGCAAACCUGUCCCCUCACCUGUACCCCUACUAUUCACCCAGAGGUACUACAAUUUCUCUAUUUCGGAGACAGCUGCUGUAUCUCAGCCGGUGGGAGUAGUCGCUGUCAGCCAGUCGAGCACACCUGUCUGGUUCAAUAUCAUCGGAAGCUUUGACAUGCAGUUUGACCUUCAAGUGGGGGUGGGAACUCUAGUUGUGGCCAAGCCCCUGGAUGCAGAGGUGCAAUCGGUGUACAACAUGACUAUACAGGUGACAGAUGGGACCAACUUUGCCACAGCACAGGUUUUCAUCCGAAUACAAGACAGCAACGACAACCCUCCAGUCUUCUCACAACCAGCCUAUGAUGUCAGUGUCUCAGAGGACAUACCAGUUGACAUGGAGCUACUGCGAGUUAGAGCGUCGGACAUGGACGAGCGAGCCCGUUUGAGCUUCUCCAUCUAUGGCAGUGUAGACCCAGUCAGUAUGAGACUGUUCAGGGUCAAUCCCGGUACGGGGGUUGUCUACAUUGCAGACAGAUUGGACUACGAGGCCAGAACACAACACAUCCUCACUAUUAUGGUCAAGGAUCAGGAGUUUCCAUUUAAUCGUGACCUGGCUCGUAUCCUGGUGGCGGUGGAGGACUCCAAUGAUAACAUCCCCUACUUCACCAGCACCGUAUAUGAUGCUGUGGCCUAUGAGUCAUCUCCUGUAGACACUUCUGUACUACAAGUUACAGCCUUAGAUAAAGACAAUGGGAUUAACGGGCAACUCACUUAUACUAUAGAAGCAGGGAACACCGGUGGUGUGUUUGGCAUUGAUAAUGCCACAGGCCUUAUUUUCAUUGCCAGGGACCUGGACCUCACCUCUGUGGGCUUUUACACCCUCACUGUGCGUGUCGCAGACAGUGGAUUUCCUCCAUUAUUGGCCACAGCUUCAGCUCGCAUCUCCUUGAUACUUUCCGACUUCUCCCAACCCAAAUUCUCUCAGAAUGAGUACCAGGCUGAGAUAAUGGAGAACAGUACUAUUGGAACACAUGUCACAACCGUUAGUGCCCUCAGCCGCUCAGCACUCAUUUAUGAUAUAACCAGGGGCAACGAUGAGCACUGCUUCUUUAUCAACCAUCAUACUGGUGUAAUCAUCACACGCAGACUACUUGACUUUGAGCAAACAACAUCCUACUUUCUAGUGGUGCAUGCACUGAGCAUGGCAGGAGUGGAGGCCAGCACCACUGUCAUUGUCCAGGUGGGGGACGUCAAUGAUAGCCCACCAGUCUUCCAACAAAUCAGGUAUGUGGGCGCAAUCAGUGAGGCUGCUCCAGUCAACAGUGUGGUCGUGGGAGAGGAUGGUAACCCUUUGGUCAUUCAGGCGACUGAUAAGGACCGCAAUCACAACGCCCUGUUGCUGUUCCAGAUUAUAGACGAUACCGCUCGUAUGUUUUUCAGCGUGGACUCUGGGACUGGAUCGAUUCGAACAAUUGCCAGUCUGGACUAUGAGACCUUCCCCGAGUUCCUUUUCCGGGUUAAUGUUAGAGACAGUGGUCAGCCUCCUCGGAGUGCUGACAGCCCUGCAGAGGUAGUUAUAAGGGUGAUCAACAUCAAUGAUUCCCCUCCAAAGUUGUCACAGGACACCUACGAGACAGUACUCCUCCUGCCAACCUACAUGGGAGUCGAGGUCCUCAGGGUUGAGGCUUUUGACCCCGAUAUGACUUCUGACCUCACCCUGAACCCUGGCAAAUCCAUCACCCCUCAGCUGGUUUACUCUCUGGUUGACAGCAAUGUGGAGUACUUCUCUGUGGAGCGCUACACCGGAGUUGUGACUGUCAUCAAUCAGAACCUCAGUAAAGACCGUUACCGCUUUAAUGUGAAGGUAUGGGAUGGCCGUUUCUCCAGCAUGGCGACGGUCACAGUGCUUGUCCGAGAAGCUCUUGACAGUGGCCUUCUCUUCACCUCCCCGGUCUACUCCGCCUCUAUCCCAGAGAACAAACCGAAUGUCACUAUAGUGACUGUUGUCAACACAGUCGGCCACCGCCUCAAUGAACCGCUGAAGUACACUCUGCUGAACCCCAGUGGACGCUUCACAAUCCGGCCGACCUGCGGGGUGGUGCUCACCACUGGUGUGCCUUUUGACCGAGAGGAGAAGGAGAGUUACGAGCUGGUGGUGGAGGUCAGCAGGGAAGACGAGAUACUGAGGGUGGCCAGGGUGACUGUACAAGUUCAGGUGGAGGAUGUGAACGACAAUGCUCCAGAGUUUGUGAAUCUCCCCUACUACGCUGCAGUGCAGGUGGAAGCAGAGCCAGGAUCUGCUAUUUUCAGGGUCUCAGCUAUCGACAAAGACUACGGUCUGAAUGGGGAAGUGACCUACAGCCUUAAGGAGCAGCACAGAAACAUUCAGGUGAACCCUGUGACAGGAGAGCUGACCUUAAAGAGGGCCUUUGAGGCAGACUUAUCCAACGCAGAGUACAAGGUGGUCCUUGUGGCCACUGACGGUGGCGCCCCCUCUCUGUCUAGUGAGGUGGAGUUGCCUGUUACUGUAGUAAAUAAAGCCAUGCCGGUGUUUGACAAGCCUUUCUAUGGUGUCACCGUCAGAGAAGAUGUGGCCGUCUCCACCUCUGUCUUGUGUAUCAAUGCCACCAGUCCUGAAGGCCAGAGUGUCAUCUUCACCCUCACUGAUGGAGACCCUUCCCUCCAGUUUGACAUUGGCUUUGACACAGGAAUCAUCAGUGUGAUUUACCAGUUAGACUACGAGACCACGCAAUACUACCGGUUAACGGUGAAGGCUACAGAUAUACUGACUGGGGCAAAGUCUGAGGUCGAUGUAGACAUUGUCGUCCAGGAUGUGAAUGAUAACCCGCCACUGUUUCAGAACACCUCAUACUCCUCUGUGCUUGCAGAGAACUCCAUGAUCGGAACGACCGUGCUACAGGUGUUUGCCCAGGACCAAGAUUCGGAGAAGAACGCCGUGGUGAGUUACCAGAUCCUAUCUGACAUUUACAACAGCACCGACUUCUUCCACAUUGACAGUAACAGCGGAUUGAUAUUCAUGGCACGCCUGCUCGACUAUGAGCUCAUCCAACGCUACAACUUCAUUGUCAGAGCGAUGGACAGUGGAGACCCUGCCCUCAGCAGUGAUGUUAGUGUCACUGUGAUUGUUACUGACACAAACGACAACCCACCUAAUUUCAGCCAAGCACUGUAUGAGGCCUUUGUCAGCGAGCUGGCUCCCCCAGGGCACUUUGUGACUUGUGUCCAGGCGUCGGAUGCUGACAUCUGUGAUGCUCAGAGGCUGAGAUACAGUAUUCUGUCUGGGAAUGAGAAAAUGACUUUUAUGAUGGAGCCAGAUACAGGGGUGCUCAGUCUGUCUAACAAGAGGAGACAAGGCAUGAAACUCUCGUAUCAACUCAAUGUGUCUGUGUCAGAUGGAGUCUUCACCAACAAUGCUCAGGUGAUUGUACGUGUCCUGGGAGCUAACCGGUACAGCCCAGUGUUCAGCCAGAGGUUCUACCUGGCUGAAGUCCAAGAAAAUGCCCCUCCAGGGUCAAAGGUCAUUCAAGUUCGUGCUACAGAUGAGGACUCCGGGCUGUUUGGCCAGAUCAGCUACUCCUUCAUCAAUGACCUGGGGAAAACUCAGUUCACCAUUGAUGCAGAUGGAUUCAUAUCCACUGCUCAGAAAUUAGAUAGAGAAAAUCCUCUUAACAAGGACAUGGUGCUGACCAUUAUGGCACUGGAUGGUGGAGGCCGUGCAUCGUUUUGCACAGUUCGAGUGGUUCUUUCUGAUGAGAAUGACAACGCCCCCCGGUUCAGAGCUGUGGAAUACCGUAUGAGCAUUAAAGCAAAUGUUGCCAAAGGUUCCCUAGUGACACAGAUCCAAGCCACUGACUCUGAUGCUGGGUCUAAUGGGAGGGUCACCUACUCCCUUUACAGCGAGGCACGCCUUUCACUGGUUGAUGUGCUGGAGGUUGAGCCAGACAGCGGUUGGAUGAUGACUAAAAGCACUGUCAACCACCUCCAGGGGACUGUGCUUUCCUUCUUUGUCAAAGCCACGGACGGCGGUUAUCCGGCCAAACACUCGCUAGUGUCGGCCUUCAUCCAUGUUGUCCCACCAGAUGCAUUUGUUCCCUCCUUCAGUCAGCCUCAGUACUCCUUCACUAUCCCAGAGGACACAGCAGUAGGAACAGCCCUGGGGUCUGUGUACAUGGUCCCCGGACAGACGGGGUUCUUCACAACAGUCGGAGGAGAGACGCUAGACAGCAACCAGGGAGGGACAUUCCUGGUGGAGAGGGAAACAGGUCUGAUCCGUCUGAUCAAGCCGCUAGACUAUGAACACAUCAGCAUCUUCCGCUUUAAGGUUGCGGCUACAACAAGAAGAGACCUGAUCGAAUCUGUCUCCACUGUGGACCUGGAGGUUAAGGUCCUAGAUGUGAAUGACAACAAGCCAGUGUUUGAGACUAACACCUAUGUAGCCACAGUGAUGGAGGGGAUGCCAAUAGGGACAAGAGUGAUCCAAGUGCGUGCACUUGAUCCAGACUUUGGCUCAAAUGGACAGGUAACCUACAGCCUUGGACCUCUGCUCAACUACAACUUGGACUUGACAAAAGACCCUCGCUCUUUCAGCAGCCCCAUCACUACGGGUUCUGCCUUUGCUAUUGACAGUAAAACAGGCUGGAUCACCACAGUGGGUCAGAUGGACCAUGAGGCCUGCUCCAGCUACAGCUUUGAAGUAGUGGCCUCUGAUCUGGGGGAGUUACAGUCUCUCUCCUCCACCACAGUGGUAACCAUCACUGUGUCAGACGUUAACGACAACCCGCCGCGGUUUGAGAGGGAGCUGUACAGGGGUGCAGUAAAGGAGAGUGAUCCCCUCGGUGAGGUGGUAGCUGCUCUAAAAACCAAAGAUCAAGAUGGCACAGAUCAGAACCGUCUCGUCAACUUUUACAUAACUGGUGGAAACCCGCGGGGCGUGUUCGGUCUGGCUCUUGUGCAGGGAGAGUGGAAGGUUUACGUGAGUGGUCUGCUGGACCGUGAGCAGCAGGACUGGUAUCUGCUCAACAUCACUGCCAGCGAUGGCCUAUAUGUUGCUCGCACUACAGUGGAAGUUACUGUCAUGGAUGCCAACGACAACAGUCCCAUCUGCAACCAGGCGGUGUAUAGUGCCUCUUUUCCUGAGGACAUUCCAACUAACAAGGGCAUUCUGACAGUGGGCGCAACAGAUGCUGACUCAGGCUCCAGCGCUGAGAUCCAAUAUUCACUGUUUGGCAUCGGGGUUGAAGAUUUCUACAUGGAUGCAAACACUGGAGAGCUGCGUACGGCCACAGUCAUGGACCGAGAAAUGACGCCCAGCUACAAACUCAUUGCCCAGGCAACUGAUGGAGGAGGGCUUUUCUGCCGCUCUGACAUUUCUCUUAAAGUGUUGGAUGUGAAUGACAAUGCCCCCUCUUUCUCCUCUAGCCAUUACCUGGCUAAUGUGUAUGAGAAUGCUGCCCCCAAGGCUUUGCUUACCCGGCUGCAAGCCAGUGAUCCUGAUGAAGGUUUUAACCGUACGGUAGUCUAUUCUCUGGUGGAUUCAGUCAACGGAUUAUUUUCCAUUGACCCGAUAUCUGGAAUGGUAAUUUUGGAGAAAUCUCUGGACAGAGAGAGCCGUGACUCUUAUCGUGUCCGAAUCCAGGCCACUGACCAAGAUGGACAACAGGGGGCGCUGUCCUCACAGGUUGAUUUGACCAUUUUGGUGCUGGAUGUGAAUGACAAUGCUCCAGUCUUCCAGAGGAGGGACUACGCUGUUACUAUCCCUGAGGAUGUAGCCGUGGGAACCGAGGUGCUGCGAGUGUUGGCGUCGAGCAUUGACAUUGGACCGAAUGCAGAAAUCACCUACAACAUCCGGUCGGGCAACGAGUUAAGAAAGUUCACCAUAGACAGAUACCUGGGCUCUAUUUCUGUGGCUGAUGAUUUGGACUUUGAGGUGUGUAAGGACUACUAUCUCACCGUUGAGGCCUGGGACAGCGGGAACCCUCCUCUCAGCACAGCUACCAUGGUAACCAUUGAACUCAUGGAUGUCAACGACAACGCUCCAGCCUUUAGUCAGGAUAUCUACAAUGUUCUGGUCAGCGAGGAUGCGUCUGUUGGGCAGACAAUUACAAGGGUGUUGGCAGAAGACUUGGACAGCCAGGUGAAUGGGCGAAUCACCUACUCCAUCCUGAAAGGCGACCGUAGCAACCACUUCUGGAUUGACCCUGUAACAGGACUGCUCAAAGUCAAUAAGCGGCUCGACAGAGAACUAGUAUCCCGGUACUCUCUGUCAGUACAGGCGUUCGACAGUGGCUCUCCUGCCAUGUCCUCCACUGUUACCCUUAACAUCGACAUAUCCGACGUUAACGACAACCCUCCCGUCUUCACUCCUCCCAACUCCACCGCCGUCAUACAGCUAAACCAAGCGGCUGGCACCACCCUGCUAAAGCUGUCAAUCAGCGAUAAAGACUCCGCGAGAAAUGGCCCUCCCUUUGAGUUUCGCAUAGUGUCAGGAAAUGAGGGGAAUUUCUUUUCCCUGGAUCAGACUGGAACUCUAAAGUCCAACCGUGUGUUUGGCCCUGAAGCCCCCAGAGAGUUCACACUUGAAAUCCAGGCAAGUGACUCCGGUAAGCCAAGUCUGACCUCGUCCUCCUGGAUAUUUAUGAGAGUCAUCGGGAACAGUCAGUAUAAGCCCGCCGUCUCCCCCCUGGAAAUCUUCAUUGUCAUGGUAACAGAUACCUUCCAGGGCGGUCUGAUUGGUCAGAUCUAUGCAACCGACCGUGACCCCAACGACGUGCUGUCAUUUACCCAGAAGCCUCAGCCCAAGAGCAUGUUUAUUAUAAACAGACAGGAUGGCAGCAUUGUGGCUCUGCCAGGCCUGGAACCUGGCAGAUACCAGGUGAAUGCCACAGUGAGUGACGGACGUUUCGCUGUGAUAGCCGAUGUGUCAAUCCAGGUCGAACAGGUGACAGAUGUGCUGCUGAGUAGUGCCCUGACCUUACGUUUUACCUCCAUGUCCCCGGAGGACUUGCUUGGUCGCUACCUAAGCCAAAUCAAACUAAUGUUGCGGGGACUAGCCGGUUGGAAAUGGUCACCAGGACAACAGGAUCCCCUCCACAUCAUCAGUGUACAGCGAGUGAUGGGGACAUCUGACGUGGACUUGCUUCUGGCCAUAGAGAUGCCAGAGACAUCUGGAAGUGGGCGGAUGGGUGGGAUCUACUCCAAGCAGGAGUUGUCUGCAAAGCUGGAGGAAGCAGCAGUGCGGGGCAAGAUUCGAGGUGUCUUGGCUGGGGCAGUGGUGGUGAGCAGCGCUUGUUCUGGGGAGCUGGAUUGUGGGAACAGGGUGUGUGAAAAGACACUGGAGAUGGAGGGGGACUCGCCUGUCACUUACAGCACAGAGAGGGUCAGCUUGGUAUCACCAAGGUUCAGCCCAACAGAGACCUGCACCUGCCCUGGAGGGACAUGCCCCACUCCUUUGGAGCUUUGUGAAGGUCAGUCCUGUCCAGCAGACAUGCAGUGUGUACGUUCUGGUCCUACAGCACCGUCUGUGUGUCAGUGUCAGCCUGAGAGACUAGACGAGUGUGCAGGCCAAACCUCUCUGAGUUUCUCUGGAAACAGCUAUAUUAAGUACAGAGUGACAGAGAGUGGCCAGAGUGGAGAAAUGAGGCUCAGCUUGAGGAUCCGAACGCUUCAGAGAAGAGGAGUCAUUAUGUUCACGCGUGUUAAUCCCUGCACCAUGCUCAAGAUUGAAGGGGGUCGACUCUGGUUCCAGUUGGACUGUGACAACACCCUUGGCAUUAUGGGUAUCUCUGGCAGACCAAUAAACGAUGGCCUUUGGCAUGCCGUUGCCUUGGAGCUGACUUGGAACUACACCCUCCUGUCAUUGGAUGAUAGCUAUGUGGAGCGCCGGCGAGCAGCCCGAGCCCCUGUUCGCCUUUGGCCUCUGGCCCCAGAUUCGUCCUUUUUCUUUGGGGCCCAAGUGAGGCCACCGAGUGGGCAGGGGCUCGAGGACCGUGAAGCCUGGGCCCCGCCAAGAGCCCAGGAUGGCUUCCAGGGAUGUCUCGGCUCACUAAUGCUGAACGGUAACGAGCUGCCACUACAGAAUAAGAGGAGCCGUUAUGCUGAGAUAGCAGGGCUGAGCGAGGUGAAGUUGGGCUGCGUGCUUUAUCCAGAUCCAUGCAUCAGUCAGCCCUGCCUCAACGGAGCCAUCUGCAGCAGCCUGCCCUCUGGAGGCUUCUUGUGCAGUUGCAGUGCUGGCUUCACUGGGGGGCGCUGUGAAAUUGAAUUGACAUCCUGCAUGCCAAACCCAUGCCAGAACGGUGGGGACUGUAAGCCUGUAGGCAGUGCAUUCCUCUGUGGCUGUCCUAGAGGACUCAGGGGACUUAUAUGUGAUGAGGAUAUCAAUGAGUGUGACCAGGAUGAGUGCGGAGAGAAAGGAGAGUGUGUCAACACGUUUGGGUCGUUCUACUGUAACUGUUCAGAAGGGUACGAGGGUCAGUUUUGUGAUGAUCAGACACCUGGUGAUCCAGGGGACGACACACAGGCGGAGCCCCUGUCUUACGUUGGCCCAGGAGAGAUUAUUGGCAUUGGGGUCCUUGCCUUUGUCAUCAUUAUCCUCCUCAUACUUUUCAUCGCCUUCAGGAAGAAAAUCAAAUUUAGGAAAGACUCAGACCCGGGCCCAGGGACUCAGGCUGUGAUGGGUGUGUCGGCUAUUUCCACAGAAACCAGCUACAUGCUGCACAAGACUGGCAUGGGGGCAGAAGGGAUUGAGUUUAAAGCUGUGCGUGUGUCCGGAUCACCAGGGACCACGAGCCCCUAUGAUGAAGUGGGAGGCAGCACUGGGGGCCCUACCCAGGUCAUGGUGCGUCCGACUACCCACUCCCUUCUACCAGGAGGACUCAGCAACCAGGGCAUGAGGAGUGUAGAUGGUGACAAGACCACUUCCAGUGAGGGCAGUCAGUUGAGCAGCUUCCUCUCAGAGAUGUCUAAUGUCCGUGGUGUGGCCAAUAGGAGGGGCAUCGCAGUGUGCAGCGUGGCACCCAAUCUCCCUUCUGCAUCGGCUUGCCGUUCAGAGCACAGUCCAGCCCACAAAGUGUCCUGGGAGGGAGAGGAAACGAGGGAGGAAGGGCUGGAGAGAGUGAGAAAUGAGAGAGAGGAGGAAUGGGGCCAGAGAGCUUUUGAGUUCGAGAGAACACAGAGAGAUAACAGUUUACAGGACAUGCCAGAGCAGGUUAAUGAGGUGACAUGUCUCUCAGACUCCACCUCUGAUGAACACUCCCUCAGUUCCUACACGUCUGAGUCCUUUGAUGAUAAUGCCUCCAUAGUGACAGUCAUACGUCUAGUCAAUGAUGCUGUUGAUAAUAUUGAAAGUGAAGUGUCAAACUUGGACAAACAACAGCAGCGGAACAGCCCUGCAUACCGCUUGGAGUCUUCCAGUCAGACUUCGAGCUGGUUGUCACCAUCACGUCUGCGUCCACCACAGGUGGGAUCCCAUUCUGACCUCAGUGACACCCAGCAAAACAUCAGACGAGGAGGCAGCACACGGUCUCUCCAGCUGGACUCCAAAGCGAUGGGCUACGGCGGUGCCAGAAGCCGAGAGCGGGGACCGGAGAUCGGGAGGAGGACCUUCCAGUGGGAGAGGAAUCAAUCGGGUGAGUGGGAGAGGAAACGUAUCCUGGACAGAGGAGAAAAGAGAAUGCGUGAAGGGGAAGGUAAGGACACAGGCAACAGGAGCAGAGACAUGGGGGUGAGCCAGGACCACAGAGACCAGCAGCAGUUGCAUGGCCAUGGCAGCAGUGAAGACAGCUCCUCGCCUGUUUAUGAGGAAUACCGAGAGUUCCGCCAUGACCCAGAGCAAAAUGAAGACACAGAGAGCCUUUAUGACACUCUUCCCCCAACCCGACUAGCCUACGAAGGAUACCCGGAAAGCCCCGCAGGCAUCAACCUGCACCCGGCUCAACUUUUACCCCCCCUCAGGGCAUGGGACUUACAGACAGGGGAGUGGAGGGGAUCACAGGAGGAUCGCAGAGGGCUUGGCUCUAGCAGUCUGGCAGGUUCUGGGGAUGAACUAGAGAGACUACUGAACCUGGUGUCCCUUAGAGCCAGGAGAGCUACACGAACAAACAGAGCCUCUACCCAAUCUGAACCCUCAACAGACUGGAAUGAACUUAAAUGAGCACACAAGACAAUCAAUUUAAUAUUCCUUUAUAAAUUAAAGAGAGGCAGUGACCUUCUCUGAUAACACUUGACAUUAAUAUGAUUACAAUGUUGGGCCAACACCUAAAAAUAAUUAAAGGAGAAUAUUACCAUAUAUACUUUUAUUAUCCCAUAUUAUCGUCCUGCUGUAAGCAAACACUUAUCCACCACUAAUCCCCUGGCUCAUUUAUAAGCUGGAGGAAUAAGAGGAAAUAUAUGUGUUCUCUAGACACCUUCACCUGUGCUGCAUGAGAGUUAGCUGAGAUUGGCUGUGAAUCAAUGCUGUUAGAUUUAUUAUUUAUAAAACCACUGGAGCACACCAUUUAUCAACAUCAAAAUAUGAAAGGAAGUAGUCUGUCUGUUUUUAGAUGAUACCACUGUAUGUACAUAUGAUAUUGUUUAUUUUAUCCUUUGUUCUGUUGAAUGGUACACGUACAGAUACACACACACAAUCAUUUUGUUAGCUCAUCCAUGUAAUGCUUAAUGCAUUUCUUAAUUUUAUUGGCAAGUGCUCGGGGUGGUUUUGAAGAUAACUAUUCGCUCACAUCCCAGAUAUAGCCUCAGGGGCAUAUAUUGCUAUGAUUAAAUACAGCACUUUAGGUAAUGCUACAGUUUUACUCAUGCAGCUCAACAAUAGUUUUGACCUAUCAGUUUAACUCACAAUACCUGCUAUGCAGUUAUGAAAGACAGUGUGUGGAAAUAUACAGAUUAAUUUAUGCACACAGAUUCUGAUGUACAUUAUGUACCUUUUACUGUAUAUAUUACCAAAGCUGAACUUUAAGCAGCAGAUAGAAAAUAAUCCCACUUAACACCCAGUAUUAACAUGUUAUACGAAUUUUCAGGAUUUAUGUGCUGAAAGGGUUAGAGAAUUAUGUGGAAAUGCAUCCGUAAAGUACCCAAGACAUCUACACAUGGUAAACACUCCUCCCCUUCUGCUAUUUCGGCCAUCUAUUUUGCAAGGGCCGCGUUGCUGCAUCUGGAGCUUAGCGUCACCAAGACAACUGUAAUUAGUUUAAAGUUUAAAUGCAAACCAGCCAGAGUAUUUUUCCCCCCUAUCCCAGAAUGAUGAGCGGUGUAGCCAGACCAUGCUCCACCGCUGGAGUAUGUUCUGGCUAUGCUAGACUAAUGUAUUCACAACUACAGUUCAGGACAGUUGUGGAGUGUAAAUCAGCCAGACUAAAUGUCACAGACACAGCUGCACUAACCUGCCUUCACCUCACACUUAAGAUAUAUAUUCUGAUAAAAAUGGCUCCUUGUGUUUGAUUUGAAAAGGAGAAUUUUUUUUGUUGACAAAACGCUCUUUGUGAUGGAGAGGAAAAACAUUACAUCUUGCGCAAGGAUGUAAACAGCAAACAAUAUGCAUAGCAAACUGUUUUGGACUCUUGAAGGACAGAGUAGAUAUUACCAGGUGUAAAUGCAAAUCAUCCACAUCAGACAGAAUGUGCUCUUAAUGAUGAUGUAACAUUGUGAAGAAAUACUGCACUUAAAAAUUCAAGGGCACACUGUCAAAUGGAAUCCUAAG